CGUGCAUUAAUCACACUUCAAACAAAAAACACCUAGAAACACCCAAAAAUAGGAACACCAACCAUAGGGUUGCAUUUUUGCCUGAUUUGAACAAGAAAUGCCCUCAGCAAAGGAAAAGCUAUUGCGGAAGGAACGAAUUCUUCAGUUUAUCCGGGAAAAUCGAGAGCUGAGGCCGAUAAACUCCACUUCGGUCCUUCAAUCAGCUUCGCCAAGAAAAGAUGAAUCUUUGCGACAAAAGAAACGCGUAUCUUUCACUCAUGGCAAGCAGCAACGAAGCUUUGGAGAAUCCGCCAAGUCCAGGGACAAUGAAAAUAUUUUUGGACAGGGCCUUACGUCAUGCCUAAUCACAAAGCCCUCAGAUACCAGAUUAACUGGCGGUGUCAACAAUUCAGUCGAGAAUGAGGUGGAAAACUCUCAAGCAGACAACAAGUCCCAAUUCAAGUCGUUAUACAGAAGGUCCCCAGAUUCCCGAUUAACUGCUGGCGCCAACAAUCCAGCGGUUCGCAAUGUUGGAAGAUUGCCUCGCACCGACAGCGAAUGUCAUUUUAAUGAGCCAGGUAUCUUCUUUCUGCAAAAAGUACACUCGGAUCUGGCGUCUCAAGAAGUCAAGCUGAACUCGAAGCGCUUAAGAAAGGAACUGAAAAACAAAUGUGACUACUUUCCGAAGUAUGUAGACAAUCGACCGUUUAAGGAUGAGGCCACACAAACGCUUUAUAGGGAAUCUUCUGCGCAGACCCUGGCAUUUUUACCCGAGAUACUUAACCGGGAAAGAUUUGAAACCGUAGAGCUUUUCACUUUGGCCAAGUUGCUGCCAGGCGACAAGCCACCAGGACUGCGUGAAGUCGAGUUUCUGGAGCGGUCCCGCAAACGAUGGGACUUCAGUAAGGCCCUGAAAACGAACAUGAAGAGACUGCUCAAUGAGGCCAGAAAAGUGUCUAUAAAAACGGAGUACAAAGAGAUUUUGGAUGCCUUCGAGUGGGAGCAGUGGAUCCAGCGGGAGGAGGACAUACAGGAGUGCCAGAUGAUGCGGCUCGAGAUCGUGAUCAAGAUGUUUGACAAGAGGGAGAAGGAAAUGCAUGCCGCCUCCAAAGCACGAAUAGAGAAAUCCUUCGAACACAUCGAGAAGCGUCGCCAGGCGGGUCUGCGCAAGAACGAGGUCGAGUUUCAGCGGGGAAUGCGUCGCAUCAGUAUUCAGCUGGCCAAAACCUCCCGAAAGUGGGAGAAGCAGAGUCCCAUGCAGGCCCUUGGAUCGGCCUGUUCCGAGUUCUACGGCCCCCUGAUAAGGCAUGGUGUUGAUCCAGCCCGAAGAUGCUUUGAAUCCUCCACUGGACGCAAGGCAUUCGACAUGAGGAUCGAUGAUUUGGAGAAGCGAGUCAAUAUGCGAAAUGUCCAGUGUCCAUUCAGCAAGCUUAAGGAAUGGUCCAAGCCCAAGGAGUAUGACAAGGAGUAUGAGCGUAACUUCUGCAAUGAUGAUAACCUACAGCGGCUAUACGAGUCCCUAAAAACACUGAGAACGCAGGCUGACACGGUGAAGGAUGCACCCAAUUGUCUAAAAACACGAUUACGUAUAGAGCGCCGAACGCCCAGUACGGAUUCAAGUGAUUCCUAUCGUCCGUACGAUAUGGUAUCCAGAAAGACACGGAUUGCCGAGUAUACAAGUGCAAGCCAUAUCAACAAGCCAACCCGUAUUUCGAAGGUCUCACAAAAGGCUGAGAAACCACAAAGGGACUCGAUGAGAGGACGCGAGGACUUGGAGCAUCUGAUAUGCUCAUACGAAGGCAGCUAUAUUGGGUCGAUCAUGCAGUUCCUUGCCGAUGAGAUGCAACGAUUGAAGGAGCAACGCAAACUGCACUUCUUCUGCAUUUUGGCCCAAAAAGAACGCUGGAAGCGUGAAUCUGCCGAGGCGGGAUUGAGACAGAAGGAGAACGCCAUGAGGAUGGUCUACGAGGAGAUGAUCCAGUAUUGCAAUGUGGCACACAGUGAAGCCGCACAGCAAUAUGCCGACACCAUAUUGUCCACCGACAUUGAACACAUGAUCGAGGACGAGGCUGCCGAGACUGUGACUGAGAUGGCAAAGCAAAUCGAUGCCGACAUAGAGCGUUGGCUGGAGUCCUUCAAGCUCAUGCAGACUCCUCUCACCUUUACUCCGCUGCGACUGAUGCUGCAGGACAUGGUCUGUCCGGAUAUGGGAGCUGUGCUGCAGCGCUAUGAGACUUCAAUGAUUGCCGGGUAUAUAGUGGAAGAUGUGAUCUUUGGUAGAGUCUGGAAAGAGCUCGAACCCUAUGACAUAUCUACCACUCUGACCAGUGAUCUAAUUGAUCGCCUCAUCGACAACGACCUGUAUUUGUUCUCAUCGGACAGCGAAUGCGAGGGUCCCCAGAAAAGUUCCUGGGUUGAGGGCCAUGCUAUAAUCAGAAAACUUAUUCGCCAGGCGGUUCCGGGCAGACGUUGGAAAGAGGAGAACGAGAGGAUUGUCACCGAAGUCUAUAAAAGCCUGUUUGAUGAUGUGUUCUCCGAAAUCCUUUUUAAGAUCGAGAAUCCGGAACCUGUCCUCCCAUCCGACCUUCUCAGGCUUCGUCCUAGUAAAUCAUACACUCACUUCGGUCAAGACAUUCCAAAAACAUCGACUUCGGAGGAGAAAGUCUCUCGUUCAGAUUCGAUGCAACCAACAACACUUUUACGCAUGCAAUUUCUAGCUCUAGUGAAAAAGUAUAAAGCAGAGAACAUUACCAGGGAACUUAAGAGGGAUAAAAAAUAUUCACUUCCUGAAAAUGAUUCUGGCUUACUUGACUUUAUAAAAAGCGAGGAGCUCCAGCAAACAGAAAUCUUAAAUAUUCAACCCAAUACUCCACAGCCUGAAUUAUUUAGCAUCAAAAGCACUGUCGAUCUUUCCGAGUAUGUGGGAAAUUUAAACGAACUACGUGGUUCCUCGGUGGUCCAGGAGUUCCCCUUAAUGGAAGAACCAAUUUUGGCUGAGAAUGUCGAAGAAGAAAUUAAAAGUAGCUCCUCUGAAGAAAAAGUGGAACGAUUAACUGCAGACCCAAUUCAACUAGAACGUUUGCAAGUAGAACAAGAAGAAACCGAAAUUGAAUUAGAAAUAGAAAAGGAAAUAGUAGCAAAAGACACAGAAGAUGUAGAUCAAGAAGAUAAUAUAUCAAAUAAGAGUAUGCUAGAUAUUGAUGGCGCAACAACCACCAAAGAUGAUGAAUUUGAGGAAGAGCAUUCCGAAAUGGGUGAAGAGGUUGUUGUUUUUUACCCUAAAGAUUCGCAGCUCUUCAAGUUCAGGUAAUUUUUGAAAUUCCUAGUUUUCAAUUCUUAGGUAACGGUACUUUUCGUUACUUUCAUACGCAUACAAUUACGGAAUUUAUAUUUGAAAAGCAAUACGAAUAAAUAAAUUAUAGAAAACUAA